GCCAUGACAAGUGACAACAUUUCAAAGGAUUUGCUUAGUUGGUAACUAUCUAGAGUAUUUUACCUUUGGCUAAGAGGUAAUAUACUAGAAUUUCUAUUCACAACUUUAUCUCAUCAGUGAUUACAGAGAAGUUGAAAAUAUGUUUGGACCCAGCGAUACCUCCCUGGGUAGAUGACUGAUGCUUUUCCUGGGUGAUAGGAAUGUGAGGAAAGCAAGCAUUAGUAAUGGAAGACUUUAAUUCAUCUGUCGACAUGUCAACCAAGAAUCCAAAAACAGCACAUAAAGCUAGAAGCCUAUUGGAUGUAUACUCACGGCUGUUCAGGAAUCAAUUCAUGAUCCUGUCCAUGAACUCCAGCUUUGUGGAUCCCUUACUGCAGUUUGAAUCUCAGUUGAAGAAAAUAGAGUCAUCCUUUAGAAUGCUAGUUGCCAUGCCAAGUCUUGACAAAGUAAAAGAAAUGGGGAGCAGCAAUGAGGAGAUUGAGGACCUGGAGAAUUUAUACCAAAGUAUUUUAAAUAUAUUUGAGAGCAGUCUUGUAAACUUAGUAUCUACAGACUUCUACAAACUACAGAUCUUAAAGGAAAUACUCGUGUGGAUGAGUGAAGAUAGCUCAUACCUGCAAGAGAGAAUAAUGAUGAUCAUCAACAGGGUGUUAAGAUUUGCAGCCAUGAAAGCCAGGGGGCAUACAAGUGUUGAUGCUCCAUGUUUGGGUGUCCUGGCAGCAGAGCUGUCUCUUUUGUGUUCCCAUGAUGAUUCCUCGAUUGUACAACAAGCAUCAUUGGGAAUGUGUCACCUCUUUGACAUUGCAAAGUAUCAGCAUGCGGAUAUUGGAAAAAGUAACCCUACAGACAGUAAAAGUCAUAGCCUCCUGUUUUCUUCUGAUGUAAAAUUUCUUGCCAAGAAGUUUCGACAAGACAAACAUAAAAUUGCUCAGACCAUAGGACAAUCCUUACUGCCUUCCUUGCUGACUGACUUUGUGCGGAGUCUCCUGAUGAAACUCUCUUCACCUGAUGAUAAAAUCGCAACUGAGGCAGCAUCCAUACUGACACUGACUCUGACAUUUCAUUCUGAGAAGGUCACCAUGGUGUCUAAGAUCGUGGAUGCUAUUUAUAAGCAAUUACGUGAAAACCGUUUUCACAAUAUGAAGUGUGCUAUGUUGCGGGUUAUCACUUUGUUGACACGUACUUCACCCAAGAAGGUCAUCUUUCAACUUAUGGACUACCCAGUUCCAGCAGAUGACACUCUGAUGGAGAUGUGGCAGGCGGCAGGUGCUGAGGCCACCCCGGCCCCUCACAUACUGAAGACAAUCUUACUGAUACUGAAAGGAAAGCCUAGGGAAGUGGAGGACAGCCUAACAGAAAAAAAACGUUUCUCUCUUGAUGCUACCAACAUGAUGCCUUUGGCGGCAUCCCAGGCCCUAUGCACCUUUCUGCCUCUUGGUUCCUACAAGAAAGCGGUGGCCCAGUUUUUCCCCCAGCUCUUGAUGGCCCUUAUCUUCCAAGUCUUCUACAGCAGUGAGCUGAGACUGAUGUCCACGGACAGAACUUUAUAUGCCCAGGAUGCCCUGAGAGUUCUGCUGAAUUGUUCUGGACUACAACAGGUGGAUAUCACUCUAAUGAAAAAUGGUUUCUGGAACCAACUAUCUGAAGAGCCGCAUCACCAUUAUAGAGUAUACCUUCUUGCAAAAACUCUCAGUGACUAUAACUUUCCACAGUUUCCGGAGACAAUGUGUUAUCUCUAUAAGCUCUCAGUAGAAGGUCCUAGAAGGUCGGAAGACAGUAUCAUCGUAGUAAUAUUCCUCACUGAACUUCUGAAUAACUUCUUCAAGGAACCUUUCCCAGAAGUAGUUUUGGUCCUCUUCAGAAACUGGGUCCAUGAUUCCAAUCCUGUAGUUAGCAAACUAAGCCUUCGGAGAAUUGCCUACAUGUCACCAGUCAAUGAGAUAGAAAAUGUCAGCAGUUUAUUAAUAGCCAUCCUGGAUGCCUUCCUUUCCAAAGAUGAGACUGUUGUACUUCAGGCCUUGCUCACCCUUAGAGCACUUUUACCCAGACUGGACAAAGUGAUCUACUCCUCUUUGUGUACCAGAAUUGCUUCCAGCUACUGUCCUCUCAUGAAUAAUAUUAGUAGACGCAUUCGAAGUAUGGCAAUUCAACAUUUUGGUGAGUUACUUAGGGAAAUGAGUCAGUACAUGUGGAUGCUGAGUGAUGUGGUUCUAGGAGGCUUAGUGCCCCUAGUCCUCUUUUUGGAGGAUGACGAAGAAAGAGUAGCUAACGCAUGUAAACAUACAUUAAAAAUAUGUACCUUACAAUUAAAGUGGUCAACAUCAUAUUUGCUCAAAGAUGAAAAUUACAGUUUUGAGAUGGUGGUGCUCAAUAUCUGUAACAAUCUUAUUAUUUCUCAUAGGAACUACAUUAGAGAUUUGAUAUCUGAUACCUCAGAAUUCCUGUGGAGCUCCAGAACAUAUCUUAAGAGAGCAUCGGUUAUUUUAGUAGGAUAUUUGGCAAAAUCAGGUGGUCAUUUACUGCUUAGAGAUGAAAUUCAAGUCAUGCUUAAUGCUACUGAACGACUGCUCCAAGAUGAAGACCCUGUGAUCAAAGAGUUGGCUAAAAUAACCCACAAUAUUUUUAAGAAAAUAGCCCAUAAACUGACCUCUGCAACUCUUAAAGAAAACUUCCAAAAAUUGUUGAAAUUCUUCUACAUCAAAAAAUUGAAGACUCUUUAUAAUUAUAACUCACCCAAUGGCCAGAUAGACAGUCCUACAGACAGUGAAUAUAUCAAGAAUGAUAAGGAAGGCCAUAGAGAAGAGAAUGAUGAUGACAUUUUGGUAAACAAUCAAAAGUUCAACAAUGUCUUGGAGCCGAUCUCAGAAUAAAAAUGAUUUUUCUUUCCCUCCUGACAACCUGAGUCUGUUUGUAGAUGCUUUUCUGAAAAAUGCUGGAGGCAUUUACUGUCUCUUCUUAAUUCUCUAUUCAAAUAUAGAAAUCUGAGAAACGUAGUGCCUUUCUAUGUCUGACAGUGAUCAGAAGCCCUAUUUCAUCAAACCCACUAAGACAAUUGAAAAUAACACAAUCAAAAAGAAGAAGCUCUUGGUACUUGAUUCUGUCAGUAAGCAUCUACUGAGCACUUUCUAAGUGCCAGAUACUGUGCUAGGCAGUGGGGACAUUUGGCUAAUAUAGACAAGGUUCCUGACCUCACGAUGGCCAUAGUCUAGUAACACAUAGUGUGGUCAU